AUAAAAGAGAGUUGCUUUGUGCUUGUCUAAAAGCUGACUGAUUCACCUAAACGAUACCACAGCCUGCGGCCUGCUCCUGUGUGCAUCUGAGGACCCAAGACAAGAAAAGGCAGCAUGGAUGUAAGUACCUCAUCAAAAUCUCAGAUCUCUACAAUGCAUUCUGAUGCUCUCUGUGGCAGCUGCCCGUCCCCUGGUUCUGCCCCACAGACUAACAGCCUUUGGCCCAGCCUGCCACCGUCUGGAACCGGGUUCCCCGCAUGGCCGGGCCAGCCCACUCAGCCUGCACCCUGCUGGACUGGUCAGCCAAACACGCCCUGCUGGCCAGGGACACAACCAGCUCCAAUGUCUGUCCCUGCACCAAUUUCAGUUCCAGCCCCUGCGCAAGCCAUAGCACCGGCUCCUGCACCCACCACAACCAUAGUCCCAGGUCCAGCUCCAGUGCAGCCCUGCCAGCCAUACUGGUCAGGGACCCAGUGCCAGCCUCUGCAGCCACCAGCUCCCGUUCAAUCUCAGUUCCCUGCUCAAGCCCCGGCUCCAACUCCAGUCCCAGUCCCAGUCCCAGCACCUGCUCCUGCAACCAGCGUCCAACCAAAUGCACAUCCAGGGUGGCCUGCCCACCCUGGAUGGCCUUAUAACCCAGGACAGUCAGGAUGGCCUGCACAGAAUCCAUCUAUCAUACCUUCACACUGGCUUCCACCCACAUCUGGACCUCUAAGUGUACCAUACAACCUGAACCUGGCCCGUGGUGUGUAUGACAAGAUGAUGAUGACCAUCUUGGGCCAUGUGAAACCUAAUGCUAAAAUGUUCACAGUGAACUUUCUGAGAGGCAAUGACAUUGCCUUUCAUAUCAACCCUCGAUUCAGUGAAGGGGGCAAACAGGUGGUGGUUCGUAACCACAAAAUGGGUGAUCGCUGGGGAGCGGAGGAGAGGGACCUGAAGGGACCCUUCCCCUUCGCUCUUGGGAGCCCAUUUGAGAUGAAGAUCCUGUGCACUCAUGAGACGUUCAGGGUGGCGGUGAACAACAUCCCACUGUUUGAGUUCAGACACCGCGUCAGAGAGCUCAACCAGAUCGACAGAAUCAACAUCCUGCAUGAUGUCGUCCUCACCUACGUUAACGUGGAGACACUUCCAUAGGAAACACACUGUUAACUCAUAUAGUACAAUACAUCAAGGACAGACAUGUAUUUAUAAAUGCAGCAGAAAUGCAUACAAGGAAAUUUGCCCACAUACAUACACACAGGCUAUUAAAUACACUAUAUUACGGAGGCACUAAAGCCUUCCCUGUUUUACAUAAGUGUGUUAGUAUGUUAUGUGAUAUUAAUAAUCACAUGAGCUGAGCUCAUUCUAUAAUUUGCUGCAGUAAGUUGCUAUAUAGCUAACCACUUAAUAUAUGUAAAGCUUUUCACUAUAAAGAUACUACUACUAUUUAUUGUGUACAAUCUUUCUGAUAUUAAAUUGCUACUAAUAGAGAAUAAUGCAUGUAUCAAUAUUGUCUGAAAACACUGAAAGUCUAUUAUGGCUCAGUUGUGGGGUUCUGUUAACUGUAAUGACU